AUGGGAAUGGUUGCCACCACUCUACCCCCAAGUCAAGCUCCAGUGAUGAUGUCAACGAUGUACAACCAGCAGCAUGGUUUCAGAAGCAGUCAGAUUACAGAACAAAACCUUGGGGCACAAGUAUCAACAAUGAUUGUAGGUCAGCACAAUCUCAGACAACCUUUUGGUAUGUGCCAACAACCUUAUCCAAUGGUGUUCAAUCCGCCGCAGCAAUUCAUGAGACCUGAGAUCAAUCAGCUGAACCAAAUGGGAAUUGUUCCUAAUCUACUUCCUGUUCAAGCUCCAAUGAUGUACAAUCAGCAGUAUGGCAGUCAGAUUACAGAACCAAACCUUGGGGCAAUAAUGUUUUUAGGUCAGAACAAUCCCAAGCAACCUUUUGGUAUGCGCCAACAACCUUUUCAAAGUGCAGCAGCUCCAGUGAUGUACAACCAGCAGCAGCAAUCCAUGAGACCUCUGACUAAUCAGCAGAACCAAAUGAGUGCUAUGAGGAUGUUUAAUACUGGACAGUCUUCUUACCGUGGCAGAGGAGGUAGAGCCAGAGGACUUGGGAGGAGAGGUCGAGACUAA